UCGGCCGUCCGCCCUGCGUUGCCGCUGCGCACUGCUCUCGAUUCCGCCGUCAUGUCGACCGCAAUGAACUUCGGGACCAAAAGCUUCCAGCCGCGGCCACCAGACAAAGGAAGCUUCCCGUUGGACCACUUCGGUGAAUGUAAAAGCUUUAAAGAAAAAUUCAUGAAGUGUCUCCGUGACAAGAAUUUUGAAAAUGCUUUGUGCAGAAAUGAAUCUAAAGAGUAUUUAAUGUGCAGGAUGCAAAGGCAGCUGAUGGCCCCAGAGCCUCUGGAGAAGCUGGGCUUCAGAGAUGUGAUGGACGAGAAGCCGGAGGCCAAGGACAAAUGCUGAGAAAAAAACCACAGGGCCGGCUCCCCAGGUGCCUGAAGCAGAUCUGAGCCCUUCUGCCCACAGAGCCAGGAGACCCGAGGCUCACCUGUGCUGCUCAGUGGAGGGAGUCCCCAAGGGGACUGGAGAGCACCCCAAAAUGCUUCCUCAGCUGUCCUCAGUUUCCCUCAGACAGUGGUCUUAUUUUUCCAACUGUGUGUGUCACAGGAUCCCCUCAGGGCCGAACUCCGAUGUGAUGUCCUGGCCAGUGUGGCCGUCACACCACAGAGCCUGGGACAGCUUUCUACACUGGCUCAGCCUGUCACAGACCCGAGUCUUCAUACUAGAACUGACAGUGAAACCAUUGACGUCGGAAUGUCCGCCUUUCGUGCUCACAGAUGCACGCACGCCAGCUCGUUUCCCUUCAUCUCUGUUCUUUUCUUUGAACCAAACUGGAAUACAAAGUAGGAAGUGGGAAACUGUUUGACUUUUGACAUACUUGACUUCUUGUUUUGUGUGUUUUAAGGCUUGGUCUCCUGUAGCCCAAGCUGGACUCAAACUCCCUACAUAGCCAAGGAUGACCUUGAACUCCUGAUUCUUCUGCCUUCAAGUCUACAGCCGGGAUUAGGGGUGUACACAUUGCACCUGGUUCAUGUGUUAGGGGAUGGAUCCCAGGGCUCCCUGUAUGCUCAGCAAACACCCCACCACCUGAACCAUGUCCCCAGCACAGUACUUAUUUUUAAAUUGCAUAUUUUGCAUAUUAUUUAUUUAGGGGAGCGCUGUCCGGUGUGUGUGUGUGUGUGUGUGUGUGUGUGUGUGUGUGUGUGUGUGUGUAAGGACAACUUACAGGGGUCAUUACUCUCCUUACAUAUGUGGGUCCCAGAGAUUGAACCCUGUUCACCAGGCUCGGUGGAACUCGUCAACUGAACUCCCUCCUUUUUCUGGUAUAGCAGCGGGUAUCUUUAUGCUGAGGGUUGUCUUCUGGUCGUUCUGAGCCGGUUUUCUUUCAGGAACUCACUGUGCGCCUCCACAGGGCACACCAGCAGUGCCGUAGAACCUAGGCUAGUGCCAAUUACUUUUCCACUUCCGCAGCCUGUUAGCCCCGUGAGUCGUGUCUACCAGUGCUGGCUCGAGACCCCAGGUGCCGAACGGUGACCUGUCGUGGGUGCAGUGAGCAGUGCUGAGCUGUGGGUGUUUGAACAUCCAGGCGCCUUCAUGCUGAGGCGCCUGACUGAGGGCUUUUGCCAUGUGCAGGGUCCAAAGACACCAGCGAAAUACCAGUGCCAGAUGCCACCAGGCUCAAGUGCCCUUAGGUCUGUGUCUUCUGGAGCUGUCGGAGAAGGGCUAGCCCAGACUGCUUGCCUGGCUUCUGUCUGAUUGGUGAAAGGUGGUGAGAGUGGGGGUUAGGGGUGCAGGUGUGGUGGCAUACACCUUUAGCACUCAAGAAGCAGAGGCAUGUGAAUCUCUGAGUUCAAGACCAGCCUGAUCUACAUGGUGAAUUCCAGGACAGGUAGGACUACAUAGAGAAACCCUUUCUCAAAAACAAACACAAAACCACCAGGGAGAGGACGAGGACUCUGCAUGUUCAUGUUGGUCUCAAUGGAUGUGUUGCACGGAAGGGCUCUUUGUUAUUAAACCCACGGUCAGGUA